AGCCAGCACAGCACCCAUCUCUCCUACUUGGAGCCCAGGGCAAAGCCGGCAGCACCCACGUAGAUGAAAGCAAAGCCAAGCUCCAGCCCUGCAGCCAUGUCGACGUCCCUGCGGGUGAGCCCCUCGGUGCACGGCUACCGCUUCGACACCGCCCUGCGCAAGAAAGCCACGGCCAACAUCUUCGAGAGCAUCACCCAGGAGUCCCUGCAGAAGCUCUUCAGAAACUCCGGGGACAAGAAGGCGGAGGAAAGAGCCAAGAUAAUCCUCGCCACCGACCAGGACGUGGAGGAGAAAACGAGAGCGCUGAUGGCACUAAAGCAGAGGAGGAAAGACAAACUGCUCCAGUUCCUGACGCUUCGGAAAUUCUUCAUUAAAGUUCACUGAGCUGGCAAAGGGAGCAGAAAUGGAGGAGAACAUUUGGGGACGGGACUGUUUGUGACCUCCUGCCACACUCAGCAUGCUCCACUGCCCCGUGGAACUGGGGACCUGACUGACUGCCCGCAGGGCUUCAGCCCCGCAGCAAACUGUGCACCGAGGGCGGCGUCAGUGCCCAGGGUACCAUCGGUGCCCAGGGCAGCAUCGGUGCCCACAGCAGCAUCAGUGCCCAUGGCAGCGUUGGUGUGGACAGCAGCACUGGUGCCCGUGGUACCAUCAGUGCCCAGGGCAGCAUCGGUGUGGACAGCAGCGUCGGUGCCCACGGCAGCAUCGAUGCCCACGGCAGCGUUGGUGCCUGUGGCAGCGUUGAUGUGGGUGGCAGCGUGGUGGCCAGAGGC